AUGUCUGAAUCAGAGUCAGAUCAAGAUUUAAAUGUGUCGCAGUACGAUGUAGAGGACGAUCUAAAUGCGUACGGAUCAUCGACAUACAUGGCGCAAGAAGCAGCUGUUGGUGACUCUAGUUCAACACAAGUUGAACAGGGUAGAACGCAAGUGAGUAUAAAUACCCUUAGUUUCCUCAUUGUUUGAUUUAUGAUAAAUAGUUUGAUAGAAUAAAUGCUCCAUAUAUUAUUUAUUGAUCAAGUUCGUUUCAUUUUAGUUUUGUAGUUGCAAAAAUACGUGUAGCAAACGCAGCGGUAGAAAGCAACGGGGAUGCCCAUGCCGAGACGAGGAGCUCAAAUGUGCGGAUGGCUGCUCAUGUGGAACGAAGAAGGCAUGUUGUAAAAAUAAGCUUCAAGAGGGAACAGUAGCAGCUACAAAUGCGGGAAGAAAUGCUUUUGAGCGUCAUCAGAUCGCGGUAGAGGAAGCGAAACACCAGAUCACGGUUAGUUUGUACUUGUUAUUUAUGUCGACAGUAUAUGGAAUUCAUAGUGACAUUCCAAUAAUUUUUGUUUCGGAAGUAUUUUACACUUUCAGGCAAAUGUCUGGUUACCGUUCAUGUGGCCUUUCCUCGUCACCAAAAUCGCAUUUUAGCGUUUAUUAUAGACAGUCCGGUUUAGCAAUAAAGUCGCGUCACUCUCAUGUUUGUAAUACGUUUCCUGUUGUUCAGUUAUCUGAAGAAGCUCUUGCUUUGAUUAGUUGAUACUGACACCAGGUUGGUAGGUUGCUGAAUAAAUAAGCCAAAUAUUAUUAUCAUAACCUUUGUUUUCUUUGUUUGAAACAAAGACAUCAGAGGACCGUUUAUAACAAUGUUUGGCUUAUUUAUUCUACCAACCCUUACUGACACAAACACAAAUAUACGAAACUUGGAAAGCAAUAUUUACAGGAACUUAAUAUUUUUAGGAAUUCAUUGGAACUUUGACAAUUGGCGAAAAGGAUAAGGUAUUGCUUGAACUUCUGUCAAAUGGUAAAGGUAGCCUUGAUUAUGCCAAAAAUCUGGUGCAAUUUGGAGGAAACCCCCCAAUUCUUCCAGGGACAAGGCCACCAUGGUGUACAUGUGGGGUAUGUCAACCAAUGCCAACUGAGGAGGAAAACAAGUGUUGCAAAAAAAUCACAUGUGUCACAUCAUUUGUGACAUUCCAGAACACAUGCACAGACCGGGAUGUAUUGGUCAUGGCUAUCCGAGCGAGGUGCGAUAUAAGAGCAGAGGAGCCAGACUAUUCAACAAACAGCUUUAGAAAGGCUGCAUAUCGCCAGUACAUUUUAUGGCGGUAUAAGAAAUUAGGAAGGAACCGAAAGGUGUGCCCAUCAUGUGUUGUGCUGGCAAUACGACACCUAUACCCGGCGAAUGACGGUGUCUACAUGGGAUUUAAGAGAGCAUGA